AUGGCUCCCAGCUCCGACCGGCUCUUCGACUCCCUGGGACACUUCGGCAGAUUCCAAGCAUUCGUCUAUUUUGCAUCUGUCUUUCAAGCUAUGUCAUGCGGUAUCCACUAUUUAGCUUCUGUGUUCAUGGCUGUUACCCCUAACUUUGUAUGCAAUAUCCCUGGAAAUGUGAGUACUGUUCUCUCCUACAACUCCUCUGGAUCAAGCAUAGAGGAUAUCUGGACACUAUUGACAUCAACAGAAAAUUACAUUGUGGUCCAGCUGGAAGAUGGAGAAACUUGGGAACUUAAUCAAUGCAGCAGGUCCAAACGAGAAGUCAGUUCGGAUCUCACCUAUGAAUACAAAGGCAACAAGUCUGAAUUCUCUUGUUCUGAUGGAUUUCUCUAUGAUCACACAAAAUGGAAGAGCACUAUUGUUACAGAGUGGGAUUUGGUCUGUGACCGAGAAUGGCUUGCAAAAUUAAUCCAGCCUACAUUCAUGCUUGGAGUCUUGAUUGGAGCAGUGAUUUUUGGUGAUAUUGCUGACAGAAUGGGAAGACGGCGAGUUAUAUGGUUCACAAGUGCUGGUCAGUUUGUAUUUGGCAUUGCAGUGGCGUUCACAUUUGACUACUACAGUUUUGUGGUUGUGCGCUUUUUCCUUGCUAUGGUUUCAAGUGGCUAUCUGGUUGUGGCUUUUGUUUAUGUGACUGAAUUUGUUGGCACUAAAGCUCGAACCUGGGCUUCCAUGCAUGUCCAUGCUUUUUUUGCUAUGGGAGUUAUGGUUGUGGCACUCGUGGGAUUUUUGGUUCGGACCUGGUGGGUCUAUCAGAUGUUUCUCUCCAUAACAACUCUUCCCUUUGUCUUGUGCUGCUGGAUGCUCCCAGAAACACCUUUUUGGCUCUUGUCAGAGGAAAGAUACGAAGAUGCACAAAAAGUAAUUAAUAUAAUGGCAAGAUGGAACAAAGUAAGCACUCCUUGUAAAAUUGCUGAACUCUGCUCAGUCCAACAAGACGAUCUAGUCAGUGGCAGAAAAGGUGAUAAUGACGUAUCUUCAACGAAGAAGCACAACAUCCUAGAUCUGUUUUGUAAUUGGCACAUUGCAAGAAGGACCAUUACAGUCUGGCUGGUCUGGUUCACUGGGAGUUUAGGAUACUACGUAUUCUCCUUGAGUUCGGUCAAUCUAGGAGGCAAUGAGUAUUUAAAUCUGUUUCUCAUAGGUGCUGUGGAGUUACCUUCCUAUGUCAUUGCUUGCAUUGGGAUGGACAAACUGGGAAGGAGAAACACACUCAUUCCGUUCCUUUUAUCAAGUGCACUGAUUUGUGUUUUAAUUAUGUUCAUACCUCAGGAUUUCAAUAUAUUAAUUAUCUUAGCAAAUAUGGCUGGAAAAUUUUCAAUAGGUGUGGCAUUUGGCCUUAUUUAUCUCUACACGGCAGAACUGUAUCCAACAAUUGUAAGAUCACUUGCUGUUGGAAGCGGGAGCAUGAUGUGCCGUGUAGGAAGUGUGGUCGCUCCUUUCUGUGUAUAUCUGAGAAGUGUCUGGAUUUUCAUGCCACUUUUGCUUGUCGGAAUCAUGGCUCUUCUGAGUGGAAUAUUAACAAUAAUGCUUCCAGAAACUCUUGGAAAACCAUUGACUAAUACUUUGGUGGAAGCCACAGAAAUGGGAAGAAACAAGAAAAGCUGUUCAGGGAAGACUCUUCCAGAAAAGAUAGAGAUGUUUGGUCAAGAAACAGCCAGCACUGAGAAAUAA